AUGCCCGUCCUGGUGCUCCUCGCACUGAUGUACAAGAACAUGUACAAGAGGAAAGGGAAGCUACGGAGGGGCCUCAGAGCGGGCGAACCGCUCGCCGGAGCCUUGCAGCGCCUGAAGCAUCAGGGUCAACAGUUCCUUCUCCAGCGCUGGAAGAGGCGUCUGUGCAACGCCAAAUAUGGGAGAAGAAGUGUAGAGGCCGUCCAGCUCUGCCUGGCCGAAUGGACAGGCAGGGAAUCAGGAACCCUGACAUUUAGGACGACACAGCUGUUCACCGGGUAUGGCUGCUUUGGUGAGUAUCUGUGUCGCAUAGGAAAGGAGCACACGGUGCAGUGUCAUCACUGCGAAGCUGACCACGACUCCGCGCAACACACCCUUCAAGACUGUCCGGCAUGGGCAGUCGAGCGCAGAGUCGUGGUCAGGGAGCUGGGCCAGGACCUCUCACUCCCCAGUGUAGUCAGCUCUAUACUGGGGAGUGAGAGGAAAUGGGAUUGUUUCACCGCCUUCUGCGAAGGCGUAAUGAAACAAGAAGAAGAAGCGGAGGAGAACCGCCGUCAGGCAGAGAGAAGUGGGAGGGCGCAGAGGAGGCGGUAA